GAUCUGCAGGCCCAAGAUCGAGCUCACCGCAUUGGCCAACAGAAUGAAGUCCGGGUUCUGAGGCUCUGCACUGUCAACAGUGUGGAGGAAAAGAUUCUCGCAGCUGCAAAGUACAAGCUGAAUGUGGACCAGAAGGUUAUCCAGGCGGGCAUGUUUGAUCAGAAGUCCUCCAGCCACGAGCGGAGAGCAUUCCUGCAGGCCAUAUUGGAGCAUGAAGAGGAGAAUGAGGAAGAAGAUGAAGUACCAGACGACGAGACCCUGAACCAGAUGAUUGCUCGCCGGGAAGAAGAGUUUGAUCUUUUUAUGCGCAUGGACAUGGACCGGAGGAGGGAGGAUGCCAGAAACCCAAAGCGCAAGCCUCGCCUGAUGGAGGAAGAUGAGCUGCCCUCCUGGAUUAUUAAGGAUGACGCGGAAGUGGAAAGGCUUACCUGUGAAGAAGAGGAGGAGAAGAUAUUUGGUAGGGGUUCUCGCCAGCGCCGGGAUGUGGACUACAGCGACGCCCUCACCGAGAAGCAGUGGCUCCGGGCCAUCGAAGACGGCAAUUUGGAAGAAAUGGAGGAGGAAGUACGGCUCAAGAAGAGAAAAAGACGAAGAAAUGUGGAGAAAGAUCCUGUGAAGGAGGAUGUGGAAAAGGCGAAGAAAAGAAGAGGCCGCCCUCCAGCUGAGAAACUGUCACCAAACCCCCCCAAACUAACCAAGCAGAUGAACGCCAUCAUCGAUACUGUGAUAAACUACAAAGAUAGGUGUAACGUGGAGAAGGUGCCCUGUAAUUCUCAGUUGGAAAUAGAAGGAAACAGGUCAGGACCUGCCUUGUAUCCCCAUGUCUCUAAACACAGUUCAGGGCGACAGCUCAGUGAAGUCUUCAUUCAGUUACCUUCCAGGAAAGAGUUACCAGAAUACUAUGAAUUAAUUAGGAAGCCAGUGGAUUUCAAAAAGAUAAAGGAAAGAAUUCGUAAUCACAAGUACCGGAGCCUGGGUGACCUGGAGAAAGAUGUCAUGCUUCUCUGUCACAAUGCACAGACAUUCAACUUGGAGGGAUCCCAGAUCUAUGAAGACUCCAUUGUCCUACAGUCAGUAUUUAAGAGUGCUCGGCAGAAAAUCGCCAAAGAAGAGGAGAGUGAGGAAGAAAGCAAUGAAGAGGAGGAGGAAGAUGAUGAAGAGGAGUCUGAGUCAGAGGGUAAGACCCUGCAUCUGGCCCCUUCCACCUAUCGGGCUAUUUCCACAGCCAAAUCUGUGAAGGUGAAAAUCAAACUCAAUAAAAAAGAAGAGAAAGGCCGGGACACAGGGAAAGGCAAGAAAAGGCCAAACCGAGGCAAAGCCAAACCUGUUGUGAGCGAUUUUGACAGUGACGAGGAACAGGAUGAGAACGAACAGUCAGAGGCAAGUGGGACUGAUGAUGAGUGAGCAGUGUGGACUUGAUCUGACUGUGGCAGAACUGAACACUUUCUCCCCCUUUCUCCCUUCACCCCCAGUGAGUUCAUUUGCCCUUUGGGCACUGGGUUAUUCCUCCGUCCUCAUUGUCAUCUAGAGCUAGCUUUAGGAUAGUGCCAGACAAACAUAUGAUAUCAUGGUGUAAAAAAAACAAAACAUGCAUCUACACACACACACACACACACACACACACACACACACACGAAUAUUUGUAACAUAUUGUGACCAAAUGGGCCUCAAAGAUUCAAAGAUUAAAAACAAACAAAAGCUUUUGAUGGAAAAGACGUGGGUGGAUAGUAUAUUUCUACAGGUGGGUCAAAUUUGGUAGCCGUUUGAUGUGCUUGCUUCCAUCAUCUAUCCUGAUGAGGAGAUUUUUAUCUUCUACAGCGCUGAUGACCGGGAGAAGCCAUUAAAAGCCACUGGUUAUUUUAUUUUUCAUCAGGCAAUUUUCAAAAUUUUCAUUUGUUCGGUAUUGUUUUCUUGUUUGUUUGUUUUUUACACUGUGGUACAUAUAAGCAACUUUACUAGGUGACAGAUGUACAGUAGUUAGAAAUCACCUACAUAUACAUUUUUCCAUUUUAUGCUCUAUGAUCUGAAGAACAAACAAAAAAAAAGCUUUUUGACUUGUAUAAGAUUUAUGUCUACUGUAAACAUUGCGGAAUUUUUUUUUCCCUUUGGCUCUUGUUUUAUUGACGCUAUUGACUAUUACAGUGUCUAGAGUGUCCCGAUGGCUUCUUUUGUCCACCUGAGCUCCUGUGUUACCAAUGGGUAUGGUCUCCUUCUCCCUAAAGUGUACUUAAUCUUUGCUUUCUUUGCACAAUGUCUUUGGUUGCAAGUCAUAAGCCUGAGGCAAAUAAAAUUCCAGUAAUUUCGAAGGA